UGUUCGACCAACGUCGAACGAAAAACACAUGAAGAUCAAAUUCACGAUUGACACGAGUGCAUUAGAAGCGAUCCACAGUCAGCCAAUUCAAUUAACUUUAAAGACAUGAAACGCUAAGACUCUGUACUACAAUUUUAUCCCAAAGUACAAAUAUUUGAUGUUCGUAUAACAGAGUUCAGAGCUGUAGAAGAUGUGACAUUUUCCUUCAGAUGGAUUCGAAUGUUGGCUACAUCGUUCAUGACGUAAAGUAGCGUUGUGACGGCUGUGUUGUCUGACGGAUAGUUUAGUAAACUACAGAGGAUAGAACGAUGAGGGAAGAUGAUGAUGGCUGAUCAGUUUCGGAAAGUAGAACAAUAUUCGCCAAAAUCAUCACCCAGAGGGGCUCGGUCCCCUGUUGUUUCACGUCAGGAUUCUACAGGAACACUUAAAACGACGAUUUCUUUGGGGAAAAAUCCAUCGAUAGUCCAUAGCGGACCCUUCUACUUAAUGAAGGAGCCGCCAGGCGAAAGUGAACUAACUGGAGCUACAAAUUUGAUGGCACAUCAUGGCUUAGAACAUUCUUAUAGUAAAUUCAGCGGUAAAAAGGUUAAAGAACAGCUUUCAUCUUUCCUACCAAAUCUUCCAGGAAUGAUUGAUACACCUGGACACCAAGACAACAGUUCUUUGCGCUCAGUGAUUGAAAAGCCACCUAUUGGAGGAAAAGAGUUGCUUCCAUUGACAAGUGUACAAUUGGCUGGGUUUCGUUUACAUCCUGGUCCGCUUCCAGAGCAGUAUAGGUAUGUGAAUCAAGCUCCUCUGAAGAAACACAAGAGUAAGCACAAGAAUAAGCAUAAACAUAAGGCAGGUGACACCCCAAGUCAGGAAACACAAGUAGCAGAAAUUGGACAGGAUACCCAUGAAAAGAAGCACAAGAAACGGGGACGUCAUGAAGAUGAUAAAGAACGAAAGAAGAGAAAGAAAGAGAAGAAAAAGAGAAAACAAAAGCAUAGUCCUGAGCAUCCAGGUGGACUUACUCCAAGCCAACAUUCCAAUGGCUAAGAAAAAAACUAUGUUGAUUAUGAAAUGUUGAGAAAAUGUUACCUCAAAGUAUUUAUGUUUUAUGUAAAUCCGUUUCAGUUUAUUUGAGAGCUAGUAAGUUUUUUCAGCUUGUUGAGAAAGUGAAUAUGUACACCUGUUUGAACAGUUCUGUUUAUUAAAUGGUAAUGUUUGUGUAAUUUUACCAGAAUAUAAACAAUUAAGUUGAGAAAAUCCUUAAAAUACAUAAUUUUCAGACAGCCCAUCAGCCACUGGUUAAUUUAUAUUUUUCUUUCUUUACUUUGUGUGAAUUCUUAUGUGUCUUAAGUGUAAGUGUAAAGAGGUUGCAUCUUCAGUCUCAUCAGAAAGUGUGGUAUCAGACAAACUUCUAAGUCAAUUACAGUAUCCAGAUUUGUCACAAUUCUAAAUCUGAAGUAUGUCCAUAUUCUAAACAGUAUAAGUGUAUGCCUGUACAUAUUUCAACACAAUUUUCAGUUUGUGGCAGAAUGCAAGUUACAUUGUUAUUGUACAGUGAAAUACAGAAUUUUUAUUUUAAACUGAUGUUAAUGUUUUAACUUUUCUCUUAUGCCCUAAUGCACCCUUUCCUUGUAUUAAAUUCCAUUAUCAUUAUUGCUAUGACUUCUAGGGUAAACAGGCACGGUAAAUUGAAAG